ACUGUGACGCUAGCAGCCGUAAAACCCCGAAGAAGAAGCGGUAGCAGCCGAAGAAGAGUAAAAACUAAACACUCCCCAGCUUCCAUGUUACCCAGUUCGAUGUUCCUAGGCUAAUGUUGGCAAGGUAAUAUUAAUGGUAGGUUCCUGCGUUGGACAUUGCUUUUCCACUAAGUCAGCAUGGGAAAGAGAGACAAUCGAGUGGCUUACAUUAACCCCAUUGCUGCUGCGCGAGCCAGGGGCCCAGUGCAAAACUCUGGGCCAACCAUACAGGAUUAUUUAAGCAGACCUCGACCAACAUGGGAGGAGUUAAAGGAACAGCUGGAGAAAAAGAAGAAGGGCUCUCGAGCCCUGGCUGACUUUGAGGACAAAAUGAAUGAGAAAUGGAAGAAAGAACUAGCAAAGCAUCGAGAGAAGCGGUUAGGUGACAAGGAGAGGGACAAAAAGGCAACAGACAAGGAAAAAGAUGAGAGGAAAGAGAAAAAAGAGAAAAAGAAGAAAGAGAAGAAGAAAUCCAGCAGGCAUUCUUCAUCUUCCUCCUCUUCAUUGAGUUCUGAUUCCUCUAGCAGCUCCUCCUCAGAAUCUGAAGAUGAGGAUGAAAAGAAGAGUGUGAAGAAGAAGCGUAAGAGAAAGAAGUCACUGGCCAGGAGAGGAUCAGACACCUCCGAGGAAGAAUCAGAUACUGAAAGCAAGAAGAAAAAGAAAAGAAUCAAGGAAGAAGGGGACAAAGAGAAGGAUGACAAGAGCCGCAGAAGAAAAAAGAAAGCUGAGCGAAGUUAUAAAGACUCAUCUUCAGAGUCUUCUGCAGACUCUGAGGGGGAGGACAUGCCUGAAGCGAAAAAGAAAAAGAGAACUGAGGAAAAGGAGAAAAUCACAGACAAAUCCAAGAAGAAGAGGAAGAAGAAGCACAAGAAACAUGGCAGAAAAAAGAAAAAGAAGGCAGCAUCUCAGUCGGAUUCUGAGCUCGACUAGUGUUACGGUUCUCUCAUCCUCCCGACUGUUCACUAGUAGUGUUAUUUUUGCCUUGGACUACCAAAAAGGUCUCCCAUCCAGCUUCGUAACAAUUGCUCAAGAACACGUAUGGACUUGUAAAGUUGGGUUGUGUGAAUGAAAUGAAACCGAGGGAGGCAUCCAUCACACUUAGUGGCAACUGCUGGUACAUAUCUUUUGUUUAAUUUUAUCACCACAUUAUUUGUAGAUUGCUCUUUGAGUUGCACUCAGUGACAGGACUAAAGUGAAUUCCACACACACCCCCUCCCCGUCAUCUUGGACAUUUUGGUGAGACUGGGACUGUAUGCUGGCCCUCAAGGAGUUACUCCCUCUGCUUCAAACCUGACAUCUUGCAUCUGUGGUUGCUAGAUGAGGCUGUUAUGCUAGUGCCUGUGUCAUGCAUGCCUGAUGUCUCGCCAGCCUCAUAUUGAAGGUUGGACUUGUCAUAGGAAAUGUGCACUACACACUCAGCAUUUAUACUAGUGAUAAUUGUUCAGUUAGAUGAGUUGUUACACUGCAGUGUAAAUGUAUAAACAAUGGGAAUUCAUUAAAGUAUUGUUUUAGCCUUUAUUGUUUACUUAUUUACAGCCUUUGUGGAACCAGUGUGUGUAUAUACAAAUCACAUGCUAUUUGCUUUUUUAUAUAUAUAUCAAACUGCUGUAAUUCUACUUCUGUAGUGUCUUUCUUACUUAAAACCUAAACUGAACUCAGCAAUAACAAACAGGGUAGGUAAAAUGUAAACCUCAGCAACACUGCGGCUUUUCCAACUUGUGUUCAUAGUUUCAUGCUGUAAAACCUACAUUUCAGGUGCAGCAUAUCACUGUUUUACAAGGCUAAAUAAGAUGCAGAAGGUGGGUUUUUACUGCUUUAUCAGUUGGAGGGGUUUAGACCCAAGUUGCUUUGCUUAAUGUAUUAUAAACCAGUACUAAACAAGCCUGCCAGUAUGCUAUCUCGUAUCCCAGUAUGUCUCAGCUGUUAGGAUGCAAGUAUUUCUGAGUUAAGAAUGGUGGAAAUGUACCUAGACCACUUUACUUAAAUAAAAG